AUGGAAAACAACACAACUAUUAUAUCUCGUGAAGAGCUUGAAGAACUAAGAGAAGCAUUCAGUAAAAUAGAUAUCGACAACAGUGGGUAUGUCAGUGAUUAUGAGCUUCAAGACCUGUUUAAAGAAGCAAGUCUGCCCUUGCCUGGUUACAAAGUCCGGGAGAUUGUAGAAAAAGUCAUUGCAGUGACAGAUACCAACAAGGAUGGGAGAAUCAACUUUGAAGAAUUUGUCUCUAUAAUUCAGGAAUUGAAAAGUAAAGAUAUUAGCAAAUCUUUCCGAAAAUCAAUAAACAAAAAACAAGGCAUUACAGCAAUUGGAGGAACAUCAGCAAUAUCUAGUGAAGGGACACAACACUCUUAUUCAGAGGAAGAAAAAGUUGCUUUUGUUAACUGGAUAAAUAAGGCUCUACAAGAUGACCCAGACUGUAAGCACCUCCUACCUAUGAACCCAUCAGAUGCCAGUCUUUUUAAAUGCCUUGCAGAUGGCAUUCUUCUUUGCAAAAUGAUCAACUUUUCACAACCAGAUACAAUUGAUGAAAGGGCUAUUAAUAAGAAGAAACUUACUCCCUUCACUGUUUCUGAAAACCUAAACCUGGCUCUGAACUCAGCAUCUGCUAUUGGCUGUACAGUUGUCAAUAUCGGAUCACAAGACUUGCAAGAAGGAAGACCCCACUUGGUGUUAGGACUGUUGUGGCAGAUCAUUAAAGUUGGUCUUUUUGCUGAUAUUGAGAUAUCCAGAAAUGAAGCUCUUAUUGCUUUGCUAAAUGAAGGGGAAGAACUAGAUGAGUUAAUGAAGCUUUCCCCAGAAGAACUCUUGCUACGCUGGGUGAACUACCAUCUGGCCAAUGCAAGGUGGCAGAAAAUCAGUAACUUCAGCCAAGACAUUAAGGAUUCAAGAGCAUACUACCAUCUGUUAAAUCAGAUUGCACCCAAAGGAGAUGUUGAUGAAUUGUCUAUUAAUAUUGACUUUUCGGGAUUUCAUGAUAAAAAUGACUUGAGAAGGGCUGAAUACAUGCUCCAACAAGCAGAUAAAUUGGGCUGCAGACAGUUUGUAACUCCAGCUGAUGUAGUUGCAGGCAACCCUAAGCUAAAUUUGGCUUUUGUUGCAAAUCUCUUUAACACGUAUCCAGCCCUACACAAGCCUGAGAAUUCAUCGUACGAUCCCAAUUUAUUAGAAGGAGAAAGUAAUGAAGAAAGGACUUUCAGAAACUGGAUGAAUUCACUGGGUGUAAGCCCAUAUGUUAAUCAUUUAUAUAGUGACCUCUCUGAUGCUUUAAUCAUCUUCCAAUUGUAUGAUAUGACUCGUGUGCCAGUUGACUGGAGCCACAUCAACAAACCUCCUUACCCAGUGCUUGGUGGAAAUAUGAAAAAGAUUGAGAAUUGCAAUUAUGCAGUAGAACUCGGGAAGACAAAAGCCAAAUUCUCACUGGUGGGUAUUGCUGGACAUGACCUAAAUGAGGGUAAUCCAACUCUGACCUUGGCUUUGGUGUGGCAGCUGAUGAGAAGGGAAACUAGCCACAGUAUGCCAUAGAUGUAUACUUUGAACGUACUAUCAGACCUUGGAGAGGGGGAAAAAGUAAAUGAUGAAAUUAUUAUUAAGUGGGUGAAUCGGACACUUGCAACAGCAAAUAAGAAAACUUCAAUCACAAGUUUCAAGGACAAAUCAAUCAGUACUAGUUUACCUGUCCUAGAUUUAAUAGAUGCCAUUGCACCAAAAGCAGUUAGUCCAGAAAUGGUCAAGAGAGAAGAUCUUUCUUAUGAAGACAAAUUAAAUAAUGCUAAGUAUGCCAUUUCAGUUGCUCGAAAAAUAGGAGCUCGUAUAUAUGCUCUCCCAGAUGAUCUUGUUGAAGUGAAACCAAAAAUGGUGAUGACAGUGUUUGCAUGUUUGAUGGGACGAGGACUGAACAAAAUAUAA